AUGUCCGAGGUCCGCAUACCCGUCAAGUUGUUCGUAGGGAAGCUGCCGUGUGAUUGGGAUGAGGAGGAAGUGCGGAGUCUAUUCGGACCUUAUGGUGACGUUGAAGAGGUUAGCAUAAUCCGACCGAAGACUAACCCUGGCAAGGGACAGAAAUAUG